GUGGUUGCAAAACAGACAGAGGUGUGCGGAGUAGAAAGGACACUCCUCACAGACGCUGAGAAGGAUACUAAUCUCUCAACACGAUGAUGUUGGCAGAAGUGCUGCAGGUGUUGAGGGGGGCCAGCAAGGUGGGUGCUGCCUUCGCCAACAUUCAGGGCGAACAACUCCGACUGAUGGCCUGUAACUCGACCUUUGGUGCAGGAGUCAAAGCUGCAACGGAGGCGGUCGAGGGUGUGAUGGGCACUGUAAUGGGAGAAAGCGUGACUCCCAAGACUGACGAGUUUCCUGACAUUGAGAAGUGGGAGGAGAUGGACCCGGAUGAAGCAGCAAAGUGGGCAGUCGGCUCUGAAAUGCCCCCAGAUAUUUCCAGCAAAGAUGGAAGGGAUGAAACGUCAGAGCCGCUUUUUGCUGCACCUACUGGCACGGUCAAAGGAACUGGUUGGCCUGGUCAAAACACUCGAUUUCUACAUGUGUCAAUGUCUCAUCCCCAUACUAGGUUUGUCCACGAUUCUGUGGUGGCCAGGUUAAGCCCUGAAGACAUUAAAAAGGCGCGGGAGGCAAAGCAGAACAUUGCCAGGCCUGUACGGCAAAAGCUUAGCGAGCGAGCCAGAGAGCGGAAGGUACCUGCUACGCGGAUCAGUCGCCUUGCCAAUUUUGGGGGAUUAAUGGUUGGUCUAGGCAUUGGAGCCAUUGCUGAGGUGGCAAAACAGUCUUUUGGAGGAAAACGCUCAGAGAUGGGGGCUCUUUUAGACUCUCCCCUCCUGUCAGAGGCCAAUGCAGAGAGAAUAGUGAACACACUGUGUAAGGUUAGAGGAGCGGCCCUCAAGAUUGGACAGAUGCUAAGCAUUCAGGAUAAUAGCUUCAUUAACCCGCAACUGCAGAAAAUAUUUGAGAGGGUUCGACAGAGUGCAGACUUCAUGCCAGCCUGGCAAAUGCAUAAAGUGCUUGAGGAAGACUUAGGGUCUGGAUGGAAGGAGAAACUCUCAUCAUUCGAGGAAAAACCCUUUGCUGCUGCCUCCAUUGGUCAAGUGCAUCAUGGAGUUUUGCUUGAUGGGAGGGAAAUUGCUAUGAAGAUACAGUACCCUGGUGUGGCUGAGAGCAUUCAUAGUGACAUCAACAAUCUUAUGUCUGUUCUGAAGAUGAGUCUUGUGCUGCCUGAUGGUCUGUUUGCUGACAGUAGUCUCGAGGUUCUUCAGAGGGAGCUGGCAUGGGAGUGUGACUACAAGAGAGAGGCAGAGUGUGCAAAGCGAUUCAGGAAUUUGCUUGAAGGAGAUCCAGUAUUCAUGGUCCCUGAGGUCUUUGAUGAGCUGUCGGGUCGUCGUGUGAUCACCAUGGAACUGGUAAAUGGAGUUCCACUGGACUGCUGUGUUGAUUUGAAUCAGGAGACUAGAAAUGAGAUAAGUUUUAACAUCCUGCAGUUGUGUUUGAGAGAGCUGUUUGAGUUCCGCUUCAUGCAGACAGACCCCAAUUGGUCCAACUUCUUCUACAAUAGUGAACAGAACAAGAUAUUUCUGUUGGACUUUGGAGCCUGCCGAGAUUACCCAGAGACAUUCACAGAUGAUUACAUAGAGGUGGUUCAUGCAGCGUCAAUCGGAGACAGGGCAACUGUUCUGCAGAAAUCUAAAGACCUGAAGUUCCUUACCGGUUUCGAAGCCAAGGCAUUCGAGGAUGCACACGUGGAGGCAGUGAUGAUCCUCGGUGAAGCGUUUGCUUCUACGGAAGUGUUUGACUUUGGCACUCAGAGUACCACACAGCGCAUCCAGAGCCUGAUCCCUGUCAUGCUUCGACACCGUCUCACUCCUCCUCCAGAGGAGACUUACUCUCUGCACCGCAAAAUGGCUGGCUCAUUCCUCAUCUGUUCCAAGCUAAAGGCCCACAUUUCCUGCCGAAAUAUGUUCCUUGAUAUUUACAAUGCCUACAAACGUCAACGACAGGAAAGAUGCUCGCAGGUUUAGGUUUUGAGGGUUAUAUGUGACCAUUUAAUCACUCAAGAACUUCAAGAUCAUCAUGACACAGAUGUUUAUUUAUAUGUAUACAUAGAAAGUUCAAUUGUGUCAGUAUGUUUUUUUCCCCCCUUUUAUUUUCUUUGAUUGAAAAAAAACAAAACUGAAUGCAAAGGUAGAAAAUCUUAGAAUUAGUUAGCAAGGUCCUUGUUAUGAUCAUUGCCAAGCUUUUAAAGUUAUGACACUGUAAGCAAUGAAUAUAACGAUUUUACUCCAGUGGAGUGAAUUACAAAUCAGAAUUCUUGUGAAUGAUAUAAAUCUAACAAUAGAAUUUGACUGCACGGUUUGAUUUGCAACAUCAUUUUUCAGUUGAUACCAAGUAAGAAAUGUGUGUAUUUCUCUUCUCAUCAUUAAAAGUAUGUGACAACUGG